CCUACCUAGAUUAUUACUCAGACCUGCCAAGGUUGGCCUGUUGAGCAGAUAUCCUUUGCACGCAGAUCAAGAGACAUCUGAAAGUUGCUCACGUCGUCGACGAAGCUUGUUGCCAGGUGGUUGGUCCAGAUUUACUCCGCAACGCGCGUUUCUGCCUUUGUCGAAUGCUCCGACCGAGCACAUAAUCUCUUACGUCCGUCCACAAGACACCUUUGCGCAACCGCCUGAUUGGCCAGGAAGCUUCCAAAGUCGAAAAGUUCCUUUCAUUGAUACCGCUGAUUGACCGAGCGAGCAAUUGGAGACCUUCCGGCUGAGGACCAUGUCUUUCCGCAAUUCGACCCCUGGAAACGAGGCGCUCACAAGUAGCGGGUUCAGUGACGCGUACAGACACAUCCUACGUCUGGGCGGAGGUUGGGGAAAUGUGAGUGGCCCGGGCAUAUUGUAGGUGUAUCUUCCCUAAGAGGAUAAUACCCCUUUUCCGAAUUCGAACACAGCAUCUAUCCUGGCCAGAUACUUACUUGGCGUGUGGUGUCUCAGCAUGGCGCGCGUCAUCGUAUCCGGGACAUUGGGCUCGAUUUUCAUGGGCUUGAGCGGCGCCUCAAUAGGCGCCAUGGUCUUUGACACAGCCACAAUCCCCUUUGUGGUGUCGGCGUGUGCUGGCUUUGUUCUUGGCGCGGUCGGUUUCUACCGCGACGCCGUGCGAAAGUCACAGCGAGCACUGGAUCGGUUUCCGCAACUGCUCCAGCUGCACCUGGAUUCCAACUUCCAACAUCGCGGCUUCGACACCUGGGACGCCGCGCGCUUUCGAAGUGGUGUCUUCAGCAAAAGCUGGGUGUUGCAGAGCAUGCUUGUCGCCAGCUGGUUGACGGCAACUCGCGCAAUCGAGCGUAUCUAUGAAGCUGAAGAAGAACGUAUUCUCCUACCUUUUACAGGCGCUGCGCAGGAUGUAGAAGGCGUCGAGGGAGAAUGAGUCUCCAGCACGAGCAGGCGAUGCAGGUGACAGUCGAUACCAAUGCUAGGGAUAGUAUUGUAGUUCAUCCUCCCUGGAACCUCCCCUCUCAAGCUAUCGACAUUGGGUUAGAAGUGACCGGACAGGACGAGGGCAAGGACAAUAGACAUCGCGUGCCAACAGAGAGCAAUCGAACAUCGUGAUACCUGAACAUCAACCCCAUAGUGUCUUCGCGUAUCUCAAG